CGAUGCGAUUGUCCCACUUUGUAUAUGAACAGAAGUCGCUCCUGCUUCGACCACGUUUCUUGAGCUUCCCUCUGACCCUGAGACCACGCUGUCGCCCACCAGUGUUGUACGAAUCGAUCUUGAAGCAGCAGCACCAAAGCCGUGCUCAAUCCACCAGCAUGCCUCCCAAGCAAGCUACCUUGGGCAAGUUCUUCGGAAAACCCAGUGCGCCGCAACAGUCGAAACUUUCCUUCUCUACCAAGGCGAAAAGCAAGGCAGCUAAGUCUGAAGAAGCGGAGGAAGUCGAGUCUGCCAAGUCGCCAUUGAAGAAGGAAGCCUCGAAAAAGAAGGUGCAAGAGAAUGGGCAUUCCGAAGAGGUGCAAGAUGAGGACGUGGACAUGAAAGACGAAGGCGCAUUUGACAAAGAUGCCGCCGCUGUGAAUGAGGACGAUGAGGAUAGUAAGGUAGCAAGCCCACCAGCAAAGAAAAGGGUUCAUGAAGAGACCAUUGAGGAGGAUGAAGAUGAUGACGGUCCAGUUUCUACGACGCGGAAGUCGAAAAAGGCGCGUGCGAGCAAGAAGCCUGAACCCUCUGCUAAAGCCGAGCCUAAGAAGAAGGCCACUCAGACAAAAGCUGAGAAGCCGGCUACGAAAACCAAAUCUAAGGUGAAGCAGGAGGAAGUAGAAGACGAACAACAAGAGGCUCCGUCUCCUUCGUCGAAAUUAAAAGCCACGGCGAAGGCAACUACUGGACGGAAAAGAAAGACUGCCUCGAAGUCCACCGAAGAUGAAGCCGAGACGGCAGCUAAGGCGGCUGCUGAAGAUGGUGUGAAGUCGGAAGCGUCUUCCGAAAAAGCCUCGCCUGAGCCAGACAAUGAAGAGGUUGUCUCGUCUGAGGAAGAAAAGCCUGAAGUUGCUGCGAAGGCUCGGGCGAAGGUCCAAUCUACACUGAAGGAUGCUGGCGAAAAUGCCUACCCGGAUUGGAAGGCGGGCGACCCUGUGCCCUACGCCGCACUUUGCGCUACUUUUUCAAAGAUUGAAAUGACGACCAAGCGCCUGGAAAUAUCGGCGCAUUGUUCAAAAUUUCUACGACAGGUGCUGCGGUUGACACCCAACGACCUUCUCCCAACAGUGUUGCUCAUGGUCAACAAGCUUGCCGCGGACUUUGCUGGUAUUGAGCUUGGUAUCGGCGAGUCAAUCAUCAUGAAAGCAAUUGGUGAGACUACUGGCAGGAGCCUACAAGUCAUCAAGACAGACCAGAAUGAAAUCGGUGACCUAGGACUUGUGGCUGCUAAGAGCAGGUCCAACCAGCCUACUAUGUUCAAGCCAAAGCCAUUAACUGUGCGCGGUGUCCAUGAAGGGCUCCUGACCAUUGCAACAAUUGAGGGCCAGGGUACACAAACCAAGAAGGUCGCUGGUAUCAAGAAGCUCUUGUCUGCUGCUGAUGCACAUCUGGCUGGCAAGGGCAGCAAGGGUGUUGACAUUACAAAGGACAAAGGUGGCCCUAGUGAGGCCAAGUUCAUUGUCCGAACUCUAGAAGGUAAGCUUCGAUUGGGCCUAGCAGACAGGUCUGUGCUUGUUGCCCUUGCCCAUGCUAUGGUCUCGCAUGAAGUCGACCCUAGCGGCAAAAAGGUUCCCAGCACCGAGCAGUUGGCCAAGGGAGAGAGGACUUUGAAGUCGGUCUAUAGUGAGCUUCCCAGCUACGAAGUCAUUGUUCCGGCCAUGAUCGAGCACGGCAUGGAAAAGCUGCCCGAACACUGCAAGCUCCAGGCCGGUGUACCACUCAAGCCUAUGCUUGCCAAGCCGACCAAGUCCAUCACUGAGGUGUUGGACCGUUUUGAAGGCAAGAACUUUACAUGCGAGUACAAAUAUGACGGCGAACGUGCGCAGAUACAUUUUGUUGCACACGACGCCGAGCAAGAUUUCAAGACUGCUGCGCCGUCGGCAGGCAAGACUGAGAGAGGCAUUUCCAACAUCUUUUCGCGAAACUCGGAGGAUCUAUCCAAGAAGUACCCUGAUAUCCUUGCGAAACUUCCCACCUGGGUCAAAGAAGGCACGAAAAGCUUUGUUCUGGACUGCGAAACUGUGGGGUGGGACGUAGAUGAGAAGAGGGUUCUGCCAUUCCAGACGCUUAUGACACGGAAGAGGAAGGACGUGAAGGUGGAAGAUGUCAAGAUCAAGGUCUGCGUCUUCGCCUUCGAUCUCCUGUUCCUCAACGGCGAGCCUCUUGUCAACAAAUCCUUCCGCGAGCGUCGUGAACUCUUGCACGAAUCCUUCCAGCCGGUCGAAGGCGAAUUUGCCUUUGCCACAUACGGCGACGCCAACGACCUCGACGCGAUCCAAGUCCUGCUCGACGAGUCCGUUAAAGCCUCGUGCGAAGGUCUGAUGGUCAAAAUGCUUGACGGUCCGGAAUCGUCGUACGAGCCGUCGAAGCGAUCGCAGAACUGGCUCAAGGUAAAGAAAGACUACCUGUCGGGCGUAGGAGACAGUUUGGACCUGGUGGUGCUGGGCGCCUACUUCGGCAAAGGCAAGCGCACAUCGGUCUACGGCGCCUUCACGCUGGCAUGCUACAACGCAGCCACAGAAACAUACGAGACGAUCUGCAACAUCGGCACAGGCUUCAGCGACGAGAUGCUAGCCUCGCUGCACGCGCAACUGAGCCCGCACAUCAUCGAGCGCCCGAAGCCAUUUUACGCGCACAGCCAGGGCAACAAGGACCAGCCCGACGUGUGGUUCGAGCCGCGCUUUGUGUGGGAGGUCAAGACGGCGGACCUGACGCUCAGCCCGCGCUACAUGGCGGCCAUGGACACGCUCGGGCUCGGCAAGGGCAUCAGUCUGCGCUUCCCCCGUUUCAUCCAGCAGCGCGAGGACAAGAAGCCCGACGAGGCUACUGGCGCCCGCCAGGUCGCUGAGAUGUAUCGUAAGCAGGAGUCUGUCAGCAAGAACAAGGGGCCUAGCGCCGACGACGACUUCGAGUAUUAGGUGAGAGCUGCGGAAGUCUGGUGUUGACGGACGGAUGGGACUGGCUACUGGGUAUAACCGGGUGGCGAAAAUUUGUAGCUUCAAAGGAGGACGGGUACAUGCAUUGUGGUGGCUUCGGAGUCCGAUCGAAUUCGCUGGCGUUCAUGUGACAUAGAUAUCGGUGGCUUCAAGCUGAUGGGGGGCGGGUGCAGGGGGCAAAAAAGUCGCCGGGGUUGCUUACAGAUCGUAUAAUACACAGCACCUAACCUACCUACAUAUGCUCUACAG